UGUCCAAACUGAAACUAGAAGAUAAUAUUCGAUCAUCUGCUGUCUGUAAAAGUUGGCACAGAGCUGCGGUGUCUGUCCGUGUGGUGAGUCAAUCACCAUGGCUUAUGUACUUUCCAAGGUAUGGUGACAUGUAUGACUUUUAUGAUCCAACACAGUGCAAGACUUGUUCUCUUUAUUUGCCAGAGUUGUGUGGUUCAAGGGUUUGCUACAGUAAAGAUGGUUGGCUGUUGCUAUGCCAGCUCAAUACUAACUGUCUGUUUUUCUUUAACCCCUUCACUCGGGAGAAGAUUAAACUGCCAGUGCCAAGGUUUGAGUUAAAAUAUCAGAUUGUUGCAUUCUCAUGUGCCCCAACAUCAACAUCUACGAGCUGUGUGGUUUUUACGCUUAAGCAUUCCAAUCCUAGUAUUGUUGUUAUCAGCACUUGCCAACUUGGGGCAGAAGAGUGGGUCACUGUUAAUCACCAGAAUCGCUUGCCUUUUGUGAGUAGCAUUUGGAAUAAGAUUGUUUUCUGCAAUGGCCACUUUUAUUGUCUAAGUCUCUUUGGUUGGAUAGGUGUUUAUAAUCCACUGGAGUGCUUCUGGAAUGUUCUUUCAGUCCCUCCACCUAGAUGUCCAGAUAGUUUCUUAAACAAAAAUUGGUGGAAGGGCUUAUUUAUGGCAGAGCAUAAUGGUGACAUCUUGGUUAUUUAUACAUGUUGUAGUGAGAAUCCAAUUGUAUUUAAACUGGUCCAGUCAGAAACAGCAUGGGAGGAGAUGAAAACCCUUCAUGGCAUGACAUUGUUUGCCAGUUUCUUGUCAUCUCAUUCAAAGGUUGAUCUUCCUGGAAUCAUGAGAAACAAUGUUUACUUCUCCAAAGUUCGUUUCUUUGGAAAGCGCUGCAUAUCAUACUCUGUCAAUGACAAUAGAUACUAUCCUCGAAAGCAGUGCCACGACUGGGGAGAGCUAGAUCCUUUCGAACUCAUUUGGAUUGAACCGCCCCAUAAUGCAUUCUCUCAUUUGAAGAACAGUAGUUGUACAAGUGAGUAAUUUUCAACUAAAGACUUAUCUUACAUUCUCAUAAUCUAUAUGUUAUACUCUAUAUAAUUUGCAGGGUCUACGGAAUGCAAUUCAUACUUUCCAUAAAAUCAUAUUUCAUUGAAUCAUUCUUAUCAUGUAUUGUAAUAAUUGUGUUCCCUCGAAUGCCAUUGAUUUUUUUGGUUUAUCGAAACAAUUAAUUGUGCUUCUGGCA